AUGAAGUCUGGUACAACAAGGGACAUCAACACAAGGCAUCAGUGCAUAACUGCUAUGACAAUAUAUGAAAAUAAAUCUUUAGAGGUAUUUUGUCUUCGUUUAAUCAAAGACCACAUAGCAAAUGGACUGCCAAACACAUGGCUACUUUCUCUUAAACAUUUGGAAAUGGCUUGUGGGUGACUGUUAGUAGGAAUGUAUCUUUCAAAUUGUUAUGAAGAGCUCUUUAUUUUAUGUUCUAAAAUUACAUAUGGAUCAUACGGAUAUCCAGGCAGUGCAGAGUGUAAACAUUGUGUUAAUGGGUAUCCUUGACGGUACCAGCAUUUUUCACGCAUGCCACCUAACUGUAUACCAAGAUAAGUUGAUAAGUUGGAAGACAAUCAGCCAAAAUGUCUCUUAUAUAAUAAAUCUGGUUUAUCUAUGCAGUAAUCAAAUUGGUUUAUUUUAAUCUUUCUUUUGGUGAUUUCAUUCUAUCAAGUCAGCUACUUUCUUGAUAUUCAGCAAUACAUUUUUACUCUAUUGUUUUGUUAACAGGAACUUCGAGAUCUUGACUACAGAGAAAUGGAUGCUGAGAUCAAAUCAGAAUAUCAAUGUAUUAUCUCUUCACUAGCACCAUUUACAAGCUUUGGAAAUCAAGUCACUCAAGUUGCUGAUCCUAGCUUGGCAACUUCACAAAUCAAGCUCCCAUCAACUCCAUUGUUCCAGCUCGCGUCCAACACAAAGUCAUGUUCUGGGGGCUUCAAUACAAUUACAUCUACAACAUCUAAAGCAACAGCUAUAGACAGCCCAUUUGGAGUCAGUAGUAGCUCAUUUGUACCAGUCAUCUCUAGUGCAUCUCUACAAAUCAUUCCAAGUCCCAGCCCUAUACCAAAAAAGGUUCUAAGGAGAACUGCAAGACAUCGAGUAGAGACACCCACCUCAAACUCUGUUUCUGUAAUAUCAAGUUUAUUUACAAAUUCCACCAUAUCUGGUGCAUCAGCCAAUCAACUUGGCUCAACUACAACAUCAUCUGGUCUAUUUGGUCCAUCUAUAACAUCAUCUGGUCUAUUUGGUCCAACUUCAUCAUCAUCUGGUCUAUUUGGUCCAACUAUAACAUCAUCUGGUCUAUUAAGUUCAACCACAUCAUCAACUGGUCUAUUAAGUUCAACUACAUCAUCAUCUGGUCUAUUAAGUUCAACUACAUCAUCAUCUGGUCUAUUUGGAUCAACUUCAUCAUCAUCU